AUGGCCUCCACCGCUUGGUUCGACAUCCAGUACGCCCCCGUGGGCUCUAGCACCCCCAAGACUGGCCGCGUCAACUUCAAGCUCUUCAACGACGUUGUCCCCAAGACUGCCGCGAACUUCGCUGAGCUCUGCAAGAAGCCCCAGGGCGAGGGUUACAAGGGCUCCAGCUUCCACCGUAUCAUCCCCCAGUUCAUGCUCCAGGGUGGUGACUUCACUCGCGGCAACGGCACCGGUGGUCGUUCCAUCUACGGCGAGAAGUUCGCCGAUGAGAACUUCCAGCUCAAGCACACCAAGCCUGGUAUCCUCUCCAUGGCUAACGCUGGCCCCAACACCAACGGCUCUCAGUUCUUCAUCACCACCGUUGUGACCUCCUGGCUCGACGGCAAGCACGUCGUCUUCGGCGAGGUUGCCGACGAUGCCUCCAUGCAGGUUGUCAAGGAGAUCGAGGCUCUUGGCAGCUCCAGCGGCUCUGUCCGCUCUGCUGUCAAGCCCACGAUCGUCGACUGCGGCAGCGCUUAA